AUGUCCUACUACGACAAUCCAUCCAACCGCUCGCCGACCUCCCAGCGGCAGAGCUCCCUGCACCGGCAGAGCUCGCGCCAGCAAUUCGAGCAGCAGGCAUACGGCCACCUGCCUUCAGGCCUCUACACCGCCGAGGAUCACGCCGCGGGAUACAACGGCAACCCACGCUACAACGAUAUGAGAAAUGCUACAGUGGGCGGCUAUGGAAAUGGCUAUGAUAUGGGAGGACAGGCGUGGAAUGCCAGCGCCUUCGCUCAGAACAACACCAUCAACGGACUCGGAGGGCCGAGUCUGCGGAAGCCUCCUUCACGAGGCGGCCGCUCGGGCUUGCCAUCUUCUUGGAUGGACCAGUCCCAGCCGAUGCCCAUGAACCCAUAUAACGGUGCCUAUGGCAGGCAUGAGAUGAGCUCGGAGCCUGACGAGGAACUCAUCCCCACUGCGAUUGUCAUCAAAAACAUCCCGUUUGCGAUCAAGAAAGAGCAGCUUGUGCAAAUCAUGACUGAGAUGGGCCUUCCUCUCCCCUACGCAUUCAACUACCACUUCGACAAUGGUGUUUUCCGCGGCCUUGCGUUUGCCAACUUCACCAAUCCCGAGGAAACUGCCGCUGUGAUUGAUGCUAUGAACCACUUUGAGCUUAACGGGCGGAAGUUGCGAGUCGAGUACAAGAAGAUGCUCCCCGCGGUGGAGCGUGAAAGGAUUGAACGGGAGARGCGCGAGCGACGUGGCCAACUGGAGGAGCAGCACCGACCCAUGGCGCCGCAGACCCUGCAGUCUCAGGCUUCAGCAUCGUCGUUGUCGUCGCGGGUCAUGGCUGGAUCCCCAUCUCCAGUGUCAGCUCGCAACCAGCAGAUGGGAGGAGCCUCUUUCCCACCCCCCAGUGUCAGCGCCGAUCCAGGCGUUGAUGUGGAUCUCAACGACCCUCAAGUCCUGCAGUACUACUCGAAACUUUUGCUCUUCAAGGAGGACAGCACGAGGGAUCUUAUCAUGUUCCCGCCGAGCCUGUCACCCCCCGAGCGAAGGAUCGUUCACACUCUGGCUCACCACAUGGCACUUGGGCACACAUCAAAGGGCGAGUCCGACCAUCGAGCAGUGCAUGUUUUCAAGGAGAACGCGCGUCCACGUCUCAGCCCUCCCAUGCAGACCUUUCCGCACCUUCAGGCCGACAACCGGCGCGCGCUGAACCGCUCUGCCACGACCGACUUCAGCGAUGUCCGUGCUAACGAAAACUACUACGGUGGCUCCAACCUCCGUCACCAAGCCUCUGGAUAUCUCAGCAACUACGAGCCUGCGAACACCCUUGCUGCAGGCAGCAACCUUCGUUCGGCGAAGUCUUUUGCAGAUCUGCGGUCUUACACGCCAUCGCCAGUCCCUUCGACUGCGAGCUUUCCAGCUGCAUUGUCCCACAAUGUUGCUCGUCUCCAAGAAUUUGGAAGAGACGGUGCGCAGUCAACGACGCCAACUCUGAUGACUCCCAGCAAUGGCCUUGGUGAUCGCAGUGACAACACCAACAAUGUYAUCAACGGUUUGGGAAACAUGAACCUUGGUGGCCCCAGCUUUGGCGGUAGCCCACGUGGUCUCAGAGGAUAUCCAUCCUGGGAUCGCGAACAGCCCGGUCCAAUCGGCAGCAACAGGUCCUUCAGCACCAACUAUGAAGGCAACCGACAAGGCGGAGUCGAAAGACAACCACGUGGACCACUUCCCGAGCGAGGAGCCGGCUUCCCGCGGAGGCAAAAUGGUCACAUGCAACGCAACUCGGAUGAGCUUUCGCAGCGCAGCAGUGCCGCUGAGAUUACGGUUGAGCAUUAG